AGUAUGGCGCUUUACCAUGCUUCGAUACUUUUCGCGCUAAUAUUCCUGUGGCUGAUCCUGGCGAACGGCGGCGCUUCGCCCGUCAGCGGCCGCUCGGGCCAGGCUCUGAGGCCGAUCAGGACCAUCAAGCAGCGCGCCUUCAAAGACAUGGACCUGCUGGUGGCGAGAGGGUACGGGAAACGGGUCCCGCAGCAACUUAUGACCGCGAGGUCAUACGGCAAGCGAGCGGUCAACAUGGACAAUGUAAAUAACGUUCUUCUUGAAUGGCUUGAACUGGAAUCAAGGAUGAGGAAUAUGGGCUAUCCAAGAAGUAUCCGCAAAGAAGAGGACCUUAUAAUACCUGAAUAAUUUAGCAACUAGGAAAGAUCUUGUCAACAAAAAAUAAUUAUUUUAACCUUGUUAUCAAUUCGUAAAUGUUGUACCCAA